AUGAUGCCUGCAAGACCUCCUCUUUCAUCUGUUCAUGGUGGUGAAGGAGAAGCAGCGGCUGUGGAAGCAGCUCAGGUAGAGGGAGGGAGCCCUGUGGGGAAGGGGGCUGAGGGGUGGGGCAGUCAGAGUGCCUCUGGCCCCGAAGGAAUCUAUCUCCUCCUCUUGGCUGCCCUUAACAAGGGCUGGAAAUGACAUUUGAGAAGGUUCAAUUGCUGAGAAUGAGGACAGCCACCUUGCCUUAACUCGCCUUCUGAAUGUCACUAGUCUGAUUUAUCAGUCAUUAUAAUUUAAUUCCAGAUUGAUUGAUGGAUGCUGAAACAGGCUUCUAAGCGGUUGACAAACCAUACAGAACAGUGGCCAGGAGGACCUACCCAGACCCAUCCAUUUCACAAUGGCACUUUCCCCUCUCCAAGUGCUUCUCUCCCCCCCCCCCGGGCCCCCUUGCACCCCUUGAAGUGGGCUUUAGGGCAACAGAAGGGUCCCCUCCUCCAGAACAGCACACAGGGAGAGGAGAGUGGGAAUCCUUCCAUCUGGAAAAAGGGUUAUGUUGUGCAAUGUGGAGUUCCACUCAUUUACACUAAGAUUAAUGUCCAUUAUUAAAAUACAGAGUAAAAUACACACACACAAAUAUAUUAAGAUGUUAAAAGAAGCAUGUCUGAGAGGAGAACUUUGUCUUUCUCUCUUAGGGUCCAGUGUGCUUUGAAGAUGUCGCUGUUCAUUUCACAUAUGAUGAGUGGGCGUUGCUGGAUCCUGACCAGAGAGCUCUGCAUAAGGAAGUCAUGGAGGAGAAUCGCAGGAUCGUGGCCUCUCUCAGUAAGGCUUGCUGCUGGAUCAUAAUGUGUGUUUUGAGAUUCCAUAAAUAUCUCAGUGAAGAACCUCCUAGAUUUUGAUGGAGCUCAACAGAACCAUUUAGAGCACCUGGGAUUCUUAUCUGGGAUACAGCUUAUCUUGAAUGGAGGACUAUUGACUGUUUUGUCUGUAAAUAUUCUUGCUCCAUUUACGCCAUUUUAAACAAUGAUCAGGCUGAUCUGAACUACCCAGGCCUUUUAAAAUGUAGGCUUCAGAGUUGUUGUGGAAGUAGCUUCUCUCAGGUCCUUUGUUAUUGCUUCUGUUGGUGUUAAGUUGUCCAAAGAGACGACCAAGAUGGAACAGAUUCCAUGAUUGGGCCAAACAAAAUCCAACUCUGUUGUAAGACCUCACAUGUAAAUAAUAAUACAGUGGUACCUCUGUUUGCGAACUUAAUUUGUUGCAGAGGUCCAUUCUUAACCCAAAACCAUUCUUAACCUGAGGUGCGCUUUUGCUAAUGGGGCCUCCCGCUGCGGUGCAUGACUUCUGCUCACAUCCUGGGGCAAAGUUCGCUACCUGGAACACAUACCAUAUUUUUCGCACCAUUGGACGCACAUUUUCCCCUCCAAAAAUGAAGGGGAAAUGUGUGUGCGUCCUAUGGGGCGAAUGCAGGCUUUCGCUGAAGCCUGGAGAGCGAGAGGGGUCGGUGCGCACUGACCCCUCUUGCUCUCCAGGCUUCAGGAAGCUCUGCGCAACCCUCGGGAGACCGACUCCGAGGGUUGCGCAGAGCUGCCUGCAGUCCCGGGCUCAGCGCAGCUCUGCGCGGCCACCGGGAGCCGGGUGCGAAGUCCCGCCCCGCUCCCGAUGGCCGCGCAGAGCUGCCUGCCGUCCCAGGAUCAGUGCACUUCUCCCCAUCGCCAGCCCCACAAGCUCGGGGGACAGCGGGGAGGCAGAGCGCACCUUCCCGCUGUUCCCCGACCUAGUUCUUCCAGCCCCGCACCUGGGGGGGAAAUAAAAAUAUUUUUCUUUAUUUCCCCCCCAAAAAACUAGGUGCGCCCUAUGGGCCGGAGCGUCCUAUGGAGCGCAAAAUACGGUACUUCCAGGUUAGCAAACCUUGUUACCCAAAGUGUUCGUAAGGAGGACGAUACGUAACCUGAGGUUCCACUGUAAUAACACUUUGAAUGGUGCUCAGAAAUGGAUCGUGAGCCAGUGAAGACUUUUUAGGAUUGGUAUUAUACGUUCUUGGUGGCCGCUCCCAGACCCCACUCUAGCCGCCACAUUCUGGAUUAGUUGAUGUUUCCGAGUUACCUUCAAAGGUAGCCCCACGCAGAGUGCAUUGCAGUAGUAAAAGGUAAAGGUAAAUGACCCCUGGACAGUUAAGUCCAGUCAAAGGUGACUAUGGGGUGCGGCGCCAUCUCGCUUCAGGCUGAGGGAGCUGGUGUUUAUUCACCAAGCUGGAGAUAAGCAAAACUUGCACCACUCUGGCAAGUCAGUCUGCAGUCAGGGAAGGUCUCAGCCGGCAUACCAGAUAGAUCUGGCAGACAGCUGCCCUGGACACAGAAUUGACCUGCGCCUCCAUGGACAGCCGUGAGUCCAGAAUGACCCCUAGGCUGUGCACCUGGCCCUUUAGGGACACAGCUACCCCAUUCAGGAACAGGAAGCCCCCACUCCUGCCUGCCUCCUGUCCCCCAAAAAGAGUUCUCCAGGCUUGUCGGGAUUUAACCUCCAUCCACCAUCCAUCCUCCAACCACCUCCAGACAGCCACACAAGGCAUUCACCACUCUCAUUGGUUCUGAUUUAAAGGAGAGGUAGAGCUGGGUAUCAUCCACAUACUGAUGAACACCCAGUCCAACCCUCCUGAUGAUCUCUCCCAGUGGCUUCAUAUAGAUAUUACAAAGCAUAGGGGAGAGGACGGAGCCCUGAGGCACCCCACAAGUGAGCACCCAGGGGUCUGAAACUCAUCCCCAAACACCACUUUCUGGACAUGGCCCAGGAGGAGGAGGGGGAACCACUGCAUAACAGUGCCCCCAGCUCCCAGCUCUUCUAGAGGAUCCAGAAGGAUGUCAUGGUUGGUGAUAUCAAAGGCUGCUGAGAGAUCCAGCAGAAGUGGAAACAGCUUUCACCUUUGUCCCUAGCCUGCUGGAGAUCAUCAACCAGUGCGACCAAGGCAGUUUCCGUCCCAUGACGAGUCUAAUUUCAGUCUCUUUUAUGAGCCAGGAUGGGCAAGGAUCAAAGAGACAGGUGGUUAGUUUCACUUGCCCAAGCAGCCUGUCCACAUCCUCGAAGGUAACAGAUUGGAAGUGGUCCCAUGCAACUUGACUAGACAGGACCCUAGCAUUCUUCUUCUCCGGCCCUGGUGCCAUGGUGGAGUCUACCUCUUUCCAAAACUAAGCAACUUUAUCUGCAAAAACCUGCAAAAUGAUUGCAGGAGGUCUUGGGGUCCACACCAAGCUCCAAUGGCAAAGGUGGUUCCAUUAUAUCGUGAACCACCUGAAAGAAUCUCCUGCUGCCGUUUUCUGCAGAGGCUAUAGAGGCGGUGAAUAAAGUCCUUGCCAUCACUAUCACCACUUGGUAGGCUCAGUGUUGAGCGCUAACCAGUGUCCAGCCCAAUUCAGAAUGAGUUUUCCACCACUAGCUCUCUAGCCAUCUCAGCAAUUGUUUCAUUGCUGUGAGCUCCAGGGAAACUACGGGGCUGUCUGGGCUCCAUGCAAUAGAAGAGCAAGAACUCCCUUCAGUUCUUCCACUAUCACAAGCAUUCAUUAGCAUUGUUCAAUAAUUUGAGGGUUCAUUUUUUCCUGAGGUUCUAAUCCAUUUCUCUCUGUACUGCAGGUGGUGAUAAAUUGGGAAGUAAGAACAAAGGAGACCAAGACAAAAUCCACACAGUGGAGAAGCCAUAUAAAUAUCUGGAGUGUGGAGAGCGUUUCAGACAGAGAUUGCAUUCCACUUUCCAUCAAAUAAAUCCCAUGAGAAAGAAACCAUAUCAGUGUUCAGAAUGUGGAAAGAACUUCAAGUGGAAAGAUAGUCUCAUUUCCCAUCAAAGAAUUCACAGUGGGGAGAAACUAUAUCAGUGCUUGGAAUGUGGAAAGAACUUCAUUCGCACCUCCCAUCUCACUGCCCAUCAAAGAACUCACAGUGGGGAGAAACCCUACCAGUGCCUGCAAUGUGGAAAGAGUUUCAGCCAAAGGGCCAAUCUAACUUGCCAUGAAAGAAUUCAUACAGGGGAUAAACCCUACCAGUGCUUGGAAUGUGGAAGGAGCUUCAAUCAGAGAGCCAAUCUCACUUCCCAUCAAAGAAUGCAUACUGGGAAGAAACCAUAUCAGUGCUUGGAAUGUGGAAAGAGCUUCAUUAAGAGGGCCAAUCUCUAUUCCCAUCAAAGAACUCACAGAGAUCAGAAACCAUAUCAAUGUUUUGAAUGUGGAAAGAGAUUCCGUAAAAACAUCCAUCUCAUGACCCAUCAAAGACUUCAUACAGGGGAGAAACCAUAUCAGUGUUCAGAGUGUAGAAGGAGUUUCAGAAAGAGCUCCAAUCUCACGGCCCAUCAAAUAAUCCAUACAGGGGAGAAACCGCAUCAGUGCAUAGAAUGUGGAAAGAGCUUCUGUAAGAGGUCCAAUCUUAUGGCCCAUCAAAGAAUCCACACUGGGGAGAAACCAUAUCAGUGUUUGAAAUGUGGAAAGAGCUUCACUUGGAAGAAAAGUCUCACUUCCCAUCAAGGAAUUCACAGUGAGAAGAAAAUAUAUCAGUGCUUGAAAUGUGGAAAGAGCUUUAACAGAAGCCAAGCCUUCCAUCAACACCAGAGAAUUCACCAUGGAGAGGAACACCAUCAAUGCCAAGAGUGUGGAAAGAGCUUCAGUCGGAAGGAAAGCUUCAUGGCUCAUAAAAGAAUUCAUUCGGUGGAGAAACCAUAUCAGUGCUUGGAAUGUAGAAAGAGAUUCAGUGAGAACGUCCAUCUUACAGAUCAUCAGAUGAUUCAUAAAGGGGAGAAACCAUAUCAGUGCUCAGAAUGUAAAAGGAGCUUCAGAAAGAGCUGUAAUCUCAAGGCCCAUCAAAGAAUUCAUACAGGGGAGAAACCCUAUCAGUGCUUGGAAUGUGGGAAGAGCUUCACCCGGAAGGAAAGUCUCACUUCCCAUCAAAGAACUCACAGCAGGGAGAAACCAUACCAGUGCUUGGAAUGUGGAAAGGGGUACAGUAAGAGGGCAAGUCUCACUUCCCAUCAAAGAAUCCACAUUGGGGAGAAACCAUACAAGUCCUUGGAUUGUGGAAAGAGCUUCAGUCAAAACACCCAUCUCAUGGGCCAUCAAACAAGUCACAGCAGGGAGGAACCAUAGUAAUAACUGUGUACAAAUUUAAUUUUAGGAUGAUUUAAUGAGGAGGAUGAGGAUUACAAUAGUAGUAGUAGUAGUAGUAGUUGCUGUUGUGAUUUUAUUUGUGAUUUUAAUUGUUGUUGUUGCAAUUUUAUUUACACCCUGCCCAUCCUACUGGGUUCCCACAGCCGCUCUGGUCGGCUUCCAAAAUAUAUAAAAAAGUAAUAAAACAUCAAACAUUAAAAAGCUUCCAUAUACAGGUCUCCUUUCAGAUGUAUACUGAAAGUGAUAGAGGUUUUUUAUUUCCUUGACAUCUGAUGGGAGAGUGUUCAACAGGGUGGGUGCUAAUAUCAACAAAGCCCACAGCCUGGUUCCCUACAACAUCACUUCUCGCAGGGAGGGAACCGCCAGAAGACCCUUGGAGCUGGACCUCAGUGUCUGGGCUGAACGAUGUGGGUGGAGAAGCUUCUUCAGGUCUACUCAGUGAGGCCAUUAAGGCUUGUGCUUGGAAAUGUACUGGGAACCAGUGAAGAUCCUUUAAGACCAGUACUAUGUGGUCCCGGCGGCUGCUCCCAGUCCCCAGUCUAGCUGCCACAUUCUGGAUUAGUUGCAGUUUCCGGGUCACCUUCAAAGGGAGCCCCACGUAGAGUGCAUUGCAGUAGUCCAAGCGAGAGAUAACCAGAGCAUGCACCACUCUGGCAAGACAGUCUGCGGGCAGGGAGGGUCUUAUCCUGCGUACCAGAUGGAGCUGGCAGACAGCUGCCCUGGACACAGAAUAGGCCUGUGCCUCCAUGGACAGCUGUGAAUCUGUCCUUCAAAAACAGUGGUCUUUUACUUUGGCAACCUAGCAAAAAGGUUGGCCUUGUUUCUCAAGACCAUGGAGUGCACACUCACUGCCCAAUAUUUCUUUUUUGACAUUUGUUUCUGAUUUGUUUAUCAUGCCAAAACUGGAGUGUCAGGCUGGUGGGAACUGAGUCACAGAGGUUUCCUGGCCACUGGCAUUACCGUGGAUUCGGCCGAGGCUGAAUGCAGCUGCCUCCUGAAGACAUCAAGUAUGGUCAUGGAAUCAUACAACUGUAGAGUUGAAGGGGACUCUGAGGCUGAUCUAGUCCAACUGCCUGCAAUGCAGGAGUCUCAACUAAAGGGUCCAUGACAGAAGCAGGAUAAGCUCCAACUCCUGGCAAGGGAAGAAGCAGUUAAAGGGGCUCAGACUUGAUCCUGUCAAGAGGAAUCUUCAUGGCAAUUGAUGUAAAUGCAAUAUUUAGAGUUAUAUUAACUUUUUCCAUAAAGGAAAGGCUUUGGGACUAUUUGCAGGCACAGUUCAUGCAUUCUGACCUGUGUCACAUAUCAAAGAAACCGCAGCUCUUUCUAUAUUCAGGUGCCCUUCACAUUGAAAAACUGUCACAGAGGAUGCAAUGAAAUGUGAGAGGUGUUUCUGGGCCCAAUUAGUACUAGUGUUGAAAGCCCUGACUCAAUUGGGAUCAUAGUAAUUGGAAAAAAUUGUUUGUUUGUUUCAUAGAAUGGUAGAGUUGGAAAGGACACUAGAGGUCCAAAACUCAACAAUAAAAAACACAAAGCAUAACAAUUAAAAACAAACUCUCUUUUCCAUUUCCAAUUUUAAAAUACUUAUUUUCUGGACUUCCUCAUACCUCCCUCUUUUGUAUUCCAAUCCACUUAUUGUCCAGCAGUUUCUUUCCACUUUCUAAUCCCAAUCUUCAAUUUAAUAAAAUGUUAAAAUAUAUACCUUCAACUUUCUAAACCUAAUCCUUGAUCUUAAUAUCAUAUAACUGGAAAGAUUUCCCCUUUUAAUAUCAAAUUUCCAUUUCUUUAAACCUCUUUAAUCUUGAUCUUUAAUCUUAAUCUAUCAUUAACUUUAACCUGUGCAGCUGGAAACCACUUACUUUCAGUCCAACAUCCCUUUAACAUUCCUUAAUUUUGCAAUGUUUCUGAAGAUAGUCUUUAAAUUUCUUCCAGUCUUCCUCCGGUCAGUGGGCUUUUUAUAAGACUUGGCAACUUCUCUGUCACAUCUGGAAUCUUUGCACCUGGAAGACAGGACACCUCCAGGGACAUCCUGUUAGCUCUGCACCCUGCUGAAUGUGUCCCCCUCAGCAGAGAGUCACUUACCACCAUCACGAGUCUCUUCCUCCUCUGCGGAGGGGCAAGAAUUGUUCUCUACACAACCUCCCCCAACUCCCUUGGUGUGUUCUGAGGUCUGCAACUGCUGCAUUUGCUUCUGUGGCCCACAAUCAGCACAACUUGCACAAUGAUUUCUGUGGCUUUCGUAUACAUUGCUUAAUUUCCUACAUGAACACUGACAUAUAACUGAACAUGGGGGGAGAAGGGGAUUUCGUGUGCGUUUCUGUGUUAAAACCACGACUCCCCAAAAAUCACAAGUCCCCACCACAGCCUCUUAACUAAGGCCAAGACAAUGACCCAUUGACACAGGCGCCAUACACACACAACAGCAAAGAAGCUCAGAAAAGAAAACUGUAGCAAUAGGUGGUUACCAUGUAUCGUACUGUUUCCUCCGACUAUCCAGUAUAGAAUCAAAUAAUCUCCAAAAUUCAACUGUUUGACCCAUUUCCUUGGUUCCAAUGUCUAAUGACUCCUCUGGAAGAGGGGAAUCCAGGGCUCCCCCUGCCUCCGUAAUCCCUGAGACACACAGUCACGUACACAGCACCCCUACCUUGAGGGAAACAAUGGACACCCCCGCUGAUGGGUUUGCUGAGGUCAGGUGUUCCCCAAGCCCAUCCUCAGGAAGGCUGGAGGGCAAAGUUAUGCAUGGAUAGUUUUAUUGUUCUUUGGGUGGCGGGUACUUAAGGUGGACAGCAUAAUGCUGGUGGUCAACAAAAGAGCUUGAAAGACUGUCUCAAGGGAAAUUUUUAAAAAUGUAGUAUAAACACCAACAACUAGGAAACACUGGCCUGCGAGCGCCCCAGUUGGAGAACAGCCUUGACCAAAGGUGUCCUGGGCUUUGAAGACACUCGAACUCAGGACGCAAGGGAGAAACGCGCUAAGAGGAAGGCAUAUUUGGCAAAUUCUCAUUGUGGUCAACUCCCGCCCGGAAACCAAUGUCCCCACUGUGGAAGGACGUGUGGGUCCAGAAUUGGCCUCCAUAGUCACUUACGGACUCAUUGUUCAAACCGUGUUUAUGGAAGACAAUCUUACUCGGCUAUGAGGGAUCGCCAAAGAAGAAGAGCUCCAAAUUGCUUGACUGGAACGUCCUUCUUUUACUGACAGCAUACACCAGCGGGGAACUACACCCAGAGGAGUUGGACUACUCGUCUCUCACCCCGGAAUUUUUCCCUUAUCGUCUGUAAUAGAAAUGCGUGAUGAGUUCUUGGCUUUUAACGACUGUUUCAUUGAAAAGUUUGGAUUGUGAUUUUGGUCACAAUCAUGAGAAUAGCCACUAACACCCGCCCGCCCCCCCGCUCUGUGCUGUUCGGUCCCUGCGCCCCCGGGACUCGCCAUCUUUCACUCGGUCCAGCCCGUUGCUGAGCCAGCUCAACUGGGGACCCUUAGGACCCCCAUCGCCUUCUCUGAGCCGGAGCUCCAUUCCCACCCGAGGAGGUCCGACGGGGGCCUGUCCCUCCCGCUGACUUCUUCCCUUCUUCCUCUUCCUCUUCUUUUUGGGGAGACGCGGCGGAGGAACCUGUUUCGUGGCCGGGAAACAAAGCUGUUCUGCUUCUGGCCGAGGUAAUGAACGACGCGCACCGCCAGCCAGGAGGAUCCAACGAUAAAAGGCGAUUCCUGCCUCGCUGGGGGUUGGACUAGAUGGCCGCGGAGGGUCCCUGCCAACUCUGCAAUGCUGUGGCAACAGCUCUGGGUCUCCGCGCGGCGCACGCGGCGCCUGCGAGCUCCUGCUUUGAGAGGGAGGGGAGAGAGGUGUGCGCCCGGCUCGCCAAGAGUUAAAUGCACGGAGCCACCUUCCCCAAGAGGACAGGGGAAAGGGGGGGGUCCUCCUUGGCAAAAGCCCCUCCCUCCCUGCCGGGGGCGACGAUCGACCCUCUGCAAUUGCUUCCUCGUGGCGCCUCCGGGGACCCGGUGAGUCUCCCGUCCCCCUCUCCCGACAGACCCCAUUGGGAGAAGGGGGUCCCAGGGCUGCAGGGGGUGCAUGGAGGGCUGCUCUGCUCAUGUGGGGGGGACAACGACCCCCAAGUCAAGGAGUGGAGGGUCCUGCCAGGGAGAGGCGAGCUUGCAGGAGAGCGGCAGCUCUGCGCUUCCUUUGCUCUGAUGAGCGGCGGGCUGCUUUAGGGGGAGGAUCUUUGGGUCAAGGGAGGGAGGAAUGCAUGGGAAUAAACCCAUCUCAGAUUCACAUUUAUUAACUGAGGUUGUUGUUGUUGUUGAGUCGUUUAGUCGUGUCCGCCUCUUCGUGACCCCCUGGACCAGAGCAUGCCAGGCCCUCCUGUCUUCCACUGCCUCCCGCAGUUUGGUCAGACUCAUGCUGGUAGCUUCGAGAACACUGUCCCACCAUCUCGUCCUCUGUCGUCCCCUUCUCCUUGCGCCCUCCAUCUUUCCCAACAUCAGGGUCUUUUCCAGGGAGUCUUCUCUUCUCAUGAGGUGGCCAAAGUACUGGAGCCUCAGCUUCAGGAUCUGUCCUUCCAGUGAGCACUCAGGGCUGAUUUCCUUCAGAAUGGAGAGGUUUGAUCUUCUUGCAGUCCAUGGGACUCUCAAGAGUCUCCUCCAGCACCAAACUAAGGUUGUAGCAGCCCGGAAACAUUCGGACAUGAAAUGUCCCCUAAAACCUAAACCUAAGCUAUGCAAGAAAGGAAGACUGACUCUUGGAAGGUGGAGGGCAGAGAAGAUAAAGCACUUCUUCAUGCAGCGCAGAGUUAAACUUGUGGAACUCCCUCCCACAAGAGGAAGGGAGGCCACCAACUGAGAUGGCUUGAAGAGAGGACCAGGGAAGUCCGCGGAGGAGAAGGAGGAGAGGGCGAUGGGGGGCUCCUCGUCAUGACGGCUGUUCUCUGCCUCUCCAGUAGGAGGCAGAGAAAAGAAAGCAUUUCUUAAUGCAGCGCCAGUUGAGCUCAUGCAGGAAGCAAGAAUGGCCCCUGUAGGACUAAAACUCCCAUAGUUACAUAAAUCUUUAUUCUUUAUUUAAAGAAAACCUGUCUGAGACUCCAGCUUACUAAAUAUCCCCUCACAAAGGUCCCCUGGAGGACGCACUGGGCUAAAAGUUUAAGGGGAAAGGAAAAGAAACCUUCAAGUAAAGGGUUGUUCAGUGAGGUUGGGGCAGUUUAUCUAAGUGAGGGUAGGUGGUGAGAGGAAAAAGGUGUUGGUGCGCCUGUCGCCUCAAGGUGCAGUUCUGUGGGGAGGAAAUCCCCCCAGCUUAGGAACUGCUGAAAGGAUGUUCUUUCUUGGACCAGCCCACACCCCAAACUCUGAGAGUGGUGCUGAAACGACCAAGAGGGACUUGUCUGCCAUCUGGAACACCCAAGAGGAUCUGUAGGGAAAGAGGCGGCUUUCCAGAUCUUUGGGGGCUGAGGUGAAGCCCUCAUGGGAGUAUCAUAUCAUCUGAUGCAGAGCAUGGAGUACAAUGGCCACUCCUCUCUGUGGCUGGCAAAGUGGACAGAGCUGGGCGUGGGCACUGCUAGUCACUACCUGAACCCAAGCAAGCAUGUUGGAUCUAAGAGAACCCCAAGCAUCCAUGACUAGGGGAGGGGGGUUAAGCUAUGUUACACUAUCAUCAUCAUCAUCAUCAUCAGUUACCCAGACUUCACCCUAAGUUCCCUGGGCAGAUGACAACAUUAAAACAAAGUAUUAAAAGCAGUUUAAAACAAUAUACCAUAACAAAAAUACUAUCAUAUUUGCUUGUUUUCGAGCAUUGUCUUUUGACCCCAACCAGGUGUACUUUGGUCUCACCCACUUGGCCCUCAGGGGGUUGGCCAGUCAAGUAUCUGGCCCUCAGAACAGAGAAAAAGGGACCCCCCCACCCACCAGUAGAGCAUCUGGAGAAUGUUGGAGAUUUCAAUGGCUAGAGUCAGAAGCAGGGAAUAAAUGUGCCCUGAAGUGGGGGCAGACGGGAGAGCCACGCUUGAGGACCUCUUGGUUAGGACGCCCACUAUAACCCAGUGCUCAAAUAAUGCUCAGUACAAAUGACUCACUUGUCAAUCACAGUUCUCACUUCAUUCCUUGACCACAAACUCUGAAAGGCAGGAGCAACCAGGCUGAUUCAGAAAGCCCAGCAGUUCCCUCCACAUCUUGCAGUGUAACAAUCCCUCUAGGAAGGACUGAGGCUUAGUUCUUUUCCUUAACAAAAAUAUAACAUUUCCUUCUCCUGACGGUGUGUGUGUUUUGUGACACAACAAUGUAUUGGUUUUGUAGGAUUUCCUAGCACCUCUUAAUCCGGACAGAGAGAACUUGGCAGAAGAUCAAGGGGUUCCUUCAUCUCUCUUGGAGUCUUCCUGAGAGCACAGAUGGAGGAGCAAGACUCAUCUGGGCCUGAAUCAGGAAGAGGCCAUGCCAUCAGAACUGGAAGCAGUGGGGGAUUCUGGGGAAACUCUGUGCAGAAGAUCCUGGGUGAGGAGGACACCCUCUGCUCAGAUGUGCAGAGCCAGCAGUUCAGGCAGUUCUGCUUCCAAGAGGCCAAUGGACCCCGAGAGGUUUGCAGUCAACUCUACCAUCUUUGCCACCAGUGGCUGAAGCCAGAAAGGCACACGAAAGCUGAGAUACUGGACCUGGUGAUCUUGGAGCAGUUCCUGGCUGUCCUUCCACCGCAGGUGGAGAACUGGGUGAGGGAAUGCAGAGUGGAGACCAGUUCCCAGGCGGUGGCCCUGGCCGAAGGUUUCCUCCUGAGUCAGGCGGAAGAGAGGAAGCAGGCAGAGCAGCAGGUGAGAGAGACUUUCCUCUGGUUCAGAACAUGAGGGAUAGCACCCCAAAAUUCUGUACUAAUGCACCCCCUCUUUUAAAAAACUUCCAGGGAAUGAGAUUGGACACCCCUCAAGCUUUUCCCCCUGUCAUUGCUAAAUUUUCUCUGCCUUUACUGUUUUGAAUCCUUGUUUCUCUUUCAGGGAAAAUAUCUGUUACAGGAAAGAGGCCCAGAUUCCUCUGAGACAGAGAGGACUCCAUUAGACACAAGAGACUGGCCGCCGGGUAAGGAAGAAUAAGAUUUUUCUGUUUGGUCACAUUCUGUGAAUCUUGAAACUAAUUUGUGGGUUCUUUUGAUCUUUUUUGGAAUGGCAUGUGGGGCCCAGAGCCCCAAGGAAGGGAGACGUAUUUUUACACAACUAUCAUAUGAAAUGGGUGGAAAGGUCAACAUGCCCUUGGUAAGUGAGACUUGUGAAGGGCCAUCUGUAGUUAGAGAGACACAGCUGAACCUCUAAGAUAACCAUUCACUCCUGGCUUCCCACUUACCUCUGUCUCCCGCAGGUGACCAGGUGAUGCCAGCAAGACCUUCUGCAUCUUUUCAUGGUGGUGAAGGAGAAGCGAUGGGUGCAGAAACAGAUCAGGUAGAGGGAAGGAGCAUUGUGGGGAAGGGGGCUGAGGGGUGGGGCAGCCAGGUGCCUCUGGGCCUGAACAAAUCUCUCUCCUCCUCUUGGCUUCUGCCAAAACUACCCUUAAAAAGGCUGGAAAUGCCAUUCAAGAAAGUCUACAUGCUGAGAACAAGGAACAGCCACCUCACCUCAACUCACCUCUUGAAUGUUGCUAGUAUGAUGUCCCAGUCAUUGCAGAUAUAAAGAUGACAGAUAGAUGAUAGAUAGAUAGAUAUAUGAUAGCUAGCUAGCUAGCUAGAGAGAUGAUAGAUGAUAGAUAGAUGAUAGCUAGCUAGCUAGAGAGAUUAUAGAUGAUAGAUAUAUGAUAGGGUUUCAAUUUACACAAUAAGAAACAAACUGAUGUAGAAAUAAGCCUUUACUCAGAAAGUCCAGUAUGACUCUUUCUUCAUUAUUAUCUUCUAAUAAUAUCUUCUAUUUUAGGGGUUCCACAGUCUCCAUAACAUUGUAAUCGAAAUGCAUUUGCCUGCUAAUAUUUCUCUUUCUUCUCCAAUCUGUCAUUUUCCUGAUCUCCAGAAGGCAAGCGGCUUUCUAUAUCUGAGUAUUUCUUGUAUCAGCAAUCUCUUCUGACAUCCCUUUAAAGUCACAUUCCUUAUAAGAAAGCCUGCUUUGAGCUACAGCCAGCACUUUUUGUGUUAACAGAUUCAGCCCUUAAACUGACACUGAAUCUGUCUUCCCAGCACCACCUGCUGCUUCCGUAUUUUUCAGUAAGAGUAUUUUCCAAUCCACCUCAGCAGAUUCAUCAUGCUAAGUCAGAGAUAAUUCCCAUUUAUCAUCCUCAGAUUUCACUCCUUCUCUUAUUUGUCUUAUCUGCCAUUUGAUCUAUUUCACUGUUUUCUAGUAUUCAGCAUUUAAAACCGCCACCUGAAAUUUAAGUAGCAUUCUCAAGAGUUCAAUAUUUGGUGAGGCAUUCUGUGCCAUAAGGAUCCAUUGGUUACCCCCUCAUACAUCUGUGAUGCAGUUGAAAUUUAAGCACAAAGAGAGGAAGGAGAAGACUCAUAGUAUAAAUUAUGGGCAACUGAGAGUCAUAGUCUCCCCCCCCCCCAGGUGAUAAAUGAUUCAAAGCUCCUUGAGAAAUUCUCCAAGUGGUGGUGUUUCUAUAUUCCUCAACCCUCUGCAGUAUUUAUAAUCUGUGUGCUGAGGGUCAAUUAUAUUUCUUUUCAGUCCUCCUAAUGAUAACUAAAAUAAAAGGGUGCAAACCUUAGGCUCUAAUUAAAGAGUUAUUAUGCAGUGUUGAAACUUUCCGUGUUUUGGACGCUCCACCACCAACCGGAGAUUUUAUCUUUCUCCGGUACAAAGACGGAUGUUGCUCAGAACAUCUGAGGCUUCUGGUCUUUGACCUUCCCUUACCCUAAGAAAGGUUCGAGGGUCAGAUUAAAAACCUGACCAUCUCUUAUCACUGCAUAAUUAUCUCUGCCAGUCACGAACCAGAAGAGGAUACUUCAAUCCGCCAUUCCUCAAACCCAGAAGUGUCUUGAGUUUUCUUUCCAAUCACUGAAUGCUAAAAUAGACUUCUACCCAGCUGACAAGCCAUAGUGAGCAGUGGCCAGGAUUCACUUAAACAGCCCCAUCAGUGCACUCGGGGGGCUUCUCUCCCCCAUUUCUUCCCAUCCCUGUACCCCCAUGUGCUGCUUGAAGUUGGCUUGAGGGCAUCAGGAGGUCCCACCUCGAACAUCACAUGAGAGAGCAGAGUGGGGAUCCUUCUAUUUGGCAAAUGGGAAAACUUUUAUCUAUUUCUUCUAGGGUUCACUGUGCUUUGAAGAUGUCGCUGUGCAUUUCACAGAGGAGGAGUGGGCGUUGCUGGAUCCUGACCAGAGAGCUCUGCAUAAGGAAGUCAUGAAGGAGAAUCGUGAGAUCAUGGCUUCUCUUAGUAAGGCUUCCUUUUGGCUCUUUUUUUUUUUUUUUUGGAAAUUACAUAAAUAUCUCUGUGUGAUGAAGCUCCGAGAUUUUGGUGCAGCUCAACAUCUCAACUUGCAAAAUCUAGGCUUCUAACACCCCUCACAGCUCCCCUUGAAUGGUGGUUGAUGCUUUCUCUGUGAAUAUUCUUCCUCCAUUCAUGCCUUUUAAACUAUGGCCAGGCUGCUCUGAAUUGCUCAGGCCUUUCAAAAUAUCAGCUUCAGAGUGGUGAGGGAAGUUGAAUUAGCUUCUGUUAUUUUUUUUGCUUUUGUUUUAACUCUUGUCAGUAUUAGGCUGACCAAAGAGACUACUGACAUUGAGAUGGAGCAGAUUCCAGGAUUGGGCCAAACCAAAUCCAUCUCAGAAAAAGGACAGGCUUUUCAAGUCUCAGGUUCUCAUAGAUUUUUCAAUUAAUGCCAGUCAAGCAGGGCAAGGAACCCUCUAGAAAGUCCUCACAUCUAACUCCCUUCAGUUCUUCCUCUAUCACAAAUCUUAAUCAGUAUUUUUCACUAACUGGGGUCUCAAUUUGUUUCUCAGGUUCUAUUCCAUUUCCCUCUUUCUUACAGGUGGUGAGGAAAUGGAAGUUAAGAACAAGGGAGGCCAUGACAAAAGCCACACAGAGGAGACGCCAUAUCAAUAUUUGGAGUGUGGAGACAACUUCAGCCAGAGUGGCCCUCUCACUUCCAUUCUAGGAAUUCACAGGGGAGAAAAACCUUAUGAGUAUUUAGAAUGUGGGAAAAGCUUCAGUCUGAUCACCCAUCUCACUUCCCACCAAAGGAUUCACAGUGGGGAGAAACCCUACCAGUGCUUGGAAUGUGGAAAGAGCUUCAGUUGGAAGAAAAGUCUCACUUCCCAUCAAAAAAUACAUACAGGGAAGCCCUAUCAGUGCUUGGAAUGUGGAAAAAACUUCACUCGAAAGAGCAGUCUCACUUCCCAUCAGAGAAUUCAUACAGGUGAGAAACCCUACCAAUGCUUGGAAUGUGGAAAAAGCUUUCGUCGGAAGAACCAUCUUGCCUCCCAUCAAAGAAUUCAUACAGGAGAGAAACCCUAUCAAUGCCUGGAAUGUGGAAAGGGCUUCAGAUGGAGGGAAGCCUCCCUUUCCCAUCAAAGUAUUCAUACAGGGCAGAAACCCUAUAAGUGCAUGGAAUGUGGGAAGAGUUUUUGUCGGGAGACCAGUCUCACUUCCCAUCAAAGAAUUCAUACAGGGGAGAAACCCUAUCAGUGCUUGGAGUGUGGAAAGAGUUUCAGCUGGAAGGAAAGUCUCACUUCACAUCAAAGAAUUCAUACAGAGCGGAAGACCUAUCAGUGCUUGGAUUGCUGGAAGAGCUUUUACACAAGCAAAGGCUUCCACCAGCAUAAGAUAACUCACAGUGGAGAGAAUAUCAAUGCCAAGAGUGUGGAAAGAGCUUCAAUCAGAAGGAAAAUCUCACUUCACAUGAAAUAA